AUGUGCAGGGCCUUGGGGCUGGCCCUGCUGGCCCUGGUUGGCACCGUGGGCCCCAGCCAGGCCAGCGGCUUCACAGAAAAAGGCCUCUCCUUGCUGGGCUACCAGCUGUGCAGCCAGCGCGUGACCCGCAGCGUGCAGAGCGUGGAGGUGGUGCAGACGUCCCGCGUGACCUACGAGCCCUGCGGGGGCUGGGUCCCCUGGAGGCGCUGCCCCAAGACGGUUUACAGGACACAGUACGUGGUGGUGGAAGUCCCUGAGACCAGGAACGUGACCGACUGCUGCACGGGCUACGAGCAGCUGGGCCUCUACUGCGUCCUGCCCCUGAAUCGGUCCGGGGAGUUCGCAUCGAGACCCGGGGCCUGCCCCACGGCGGGGCCUGAGCCGCCCAGCUCCCCGUGCAGCCUGGACACCGACUGCCCCGGACUUCAGAAAUGCUGCCCCCGGCCAGGGGGGCGCCGCUGCCUGGUCCCCACGCCCCCAGCUCUAGGGAGGAACUCGGGGAGCUUCUGGUACAAUGUCACCGUGCUGGUGAAAAUGGACUUCAAGGACCUGGAGCAAGUGGACCCCGGGCUCCUGAACCACAUGCGCCUCCUGUACUCCCUGGUCACCAGUGCGCUGCAGCCGCUGGGCUCCACGGUCCACCACCUGCACUCGGCCGGCGGGGACACCUCCACCACCGUGUCACGGCUGCUGCUGGGCCUGCCGCGGCUGUUGCCCGUGGCCAAGGUCUCUGCCAUGCUGGACGACGUCGUGAGGCGGGUGUAUGAAGUGAUCCGCGUCCAGGUGCAAGACGUGAAUGAAUGCUUCUACGACGCGCUCAAUGCCUGCUCUGCAGGAGAGCUGUGUGCAAACCUGGAGGGCUCGUACCGGUGCCUCCCUGCCCAGGAGUCUCCGACCUCGGUGGCAUCCCAGGAGCCGGACCACACGAGUGACGAUUGUCCUCCAAUCCGCGACUACAUGGCCCUCGACGUCACCAGCGGCGGUUUCCGUGUGUCCUGGGGCGUCAACGCCACCCAGAGCCGCACGUUCCACGUGCAGGUGUUCAGGGGCGAGGAGCUGCUCUGGAGUGCCGAGACCGAGGGCCCGGGCCUGGCCGUGGCCGGGCUGGAGGCCGGGGCGCUGUACGGGGUGAAGACCAGCUACCAGGGCUGCGGGGCCAACGUCUCUGCCGCGCUGGCCGUCAAAACCGAUGCCCGAGUGUUUGAAGUCACAAUAAGGAUCGUAAACCGCAACUGGACGGAGCAGCUACUCAACCGCAGCAGUGUGGAGCACCAGGACUUUGCUAGACAGCUGCUGCACGAGGUGGAGAACUCCUUCCCGCCGGCGGUCGCUGACUUGCACAGACGUGGGAAGCUGAGGAUGCAGGUUGAGUCUCUCCGGGCGGGGAGUGUGGUCGCCAGGCUCAGACUCACGGUGUGGGACCCCGAGUUUCCGGUGGGCGUCUCCACGCUGUCCCCCAUGCUCCAGCCCCUGCUGGUGAGCACAGUGUUCCAGAUCGACCCGCGGGGGACACGCGUGCAAGACUGGGACGAGUGUGCGGACAGCUCGGAGCACGACUGCUCGCCCAACGCCCGAUGCGUCAACCUCGAGGGCUCCUACACCUGCCAGUGCCGCUCGGCCAGGGACGCCAACCCCUCCAGGGCCGGCCGGGUCUGUGAGGGUGACCUGGUGAGCCCCUCGGACAAUGUGCUGACUUCGGCAGCAGCUCCCAGCACAGGACCAACAUUCCCCGGCCCGGAGACCUCCCCCCCGUCACCCAGCCCCGCGCUCCUGCGGGCCACGUCUGCGGCAGGCCAGGCCCAGACCCCAGGGCCCCCGCCCGGGAGAGGGGGCAGUGGCACCGUCGGGCACUACAGGAACAGCACAGGGCAAGGAGUGGAGGAGGAGGCACCCAGCGCGGCCCCAGGCCUGGGGACAGGCCAGAGAAGCACCGGUGGGGUGACUGGCGCCACCUCCUCCCCCAGCGUUCCUGCGCCAGCCCACAGCUCCCCUCAGAGGGCCACAGGGGCCCCACUGGACCCCCCUGGACAGUUCCUGGGAAACUCCAGCACGGGGCCCCCCUCCUGGCCCAUCCCUGCCGAGGGCCCCACCGGCCACGUGGCGUGGCACGCCAGCCUCCCCACGCGGGAGACACCUCUGAACUCCACGUGGCUGCAGAGGGAGGAUCCUGGACGCUCUCAGCCCCCAGACCUGCCGUCAGCCCCCACGCCUCUGACACCCGCCGCCUGCGGCCCCGUCUCCCUCGGGAGGGUGACGGUCUCCAACGUGACCAGCACGGGCUUCCGCCUGGCGUGGGCAGAGGGUCCCAGCCCGAGCCCCACUUUCCGGAUCAUGCUGACUUCCCCUCGGGGCGCCUCGGUGGGCCUGGAGACCCGGCACGCCAGCGUGUUGCUGUCGGGGCUGGAGCCCGGCGUGCUGCACGAGGUGGAGGUGGUGGCCACGGCCUGCGGGGUGGAAGGCGCCAGAGCGCGCCUGAAAGUGCGCACAGCGGCCCAGAAGCUCAGCGGGCAGGUGAGGAUAGCGAACGUGCGGUUCUCGGACUCCUUCCGCAACACGAGCAGCCGGGAGUAUCGGGACUUCCUAGAACUGUUCUUCAGGAUGGUGCGGGACUCCUUGCCGGACACCCUGCUCCGGCACCUGGACGCCGGCGGGGUCAGGGUGGAGGUGGCCAGCGUCACCAACGGCAGCGUCGUGGUGGAGUUUCACCUGCUGAUCGUCGCCGACCUGGAUGUCCGGGAGGUGUCCGCCACGUUCCUAGCCGCCUUACAGAACGCGUCUCUGCUGGAGGUGGUCAGAGGCGACACCUUCCUAUGGGAUUACGACGAGUGUGAGAGGAAUGAGGAUGACUGUGUGCCGGGGACGUCCUGUCAGAACACCCUCGGGUCCUUCACUUGCCGCUGUGAGGGCAGAGCCCCCGAUUUCCAUGUGGAAUAUUCUGGAAGACCCUGUGAAGGUGUCUCUCCUGGCAAUGCAACCUGGGCCCCCAGCCCAGAGCAGACCCCAACCCCCACAGGGACCGGGGCUGCGCUCCUGCAAGGUGCCAGCCCCACCCCCCGGGGCCUGUCCCAGCGGCUGAACCUGACCGGGGCGGUCAGGGUGCUCUGCGAGAUCGAGAAGGUGGCCAUCGCCAUCCAGAAGCGCUUCUUGCAGCAGGAAUCCAUCCCCGAGUCCUCGCUGUACCUGGGACAUCCCUCCUGCAACGUCAGCGACAGCAACAGCACCCACGUGCUCCUGGUGGCCGGCUGGGGCGAGUGCGGGACCGUCGUGCAAAGCAACAUGACGAGCACGGUGGUGAGGACCACGCUGCGGAACGACCAGUCCCCGGAGGUGGUCAUGCACUCGCUGAAGAUCCUCAGCCCCAUCCGCUGUGCCUUCCAGAACGACCUGCUGGCGUCCUCGGGCUACACCCCACAGUGGGGGGUCUACACCAUCAUCGAGGACCUGCACGGCGCCGGAAGUUUCGUCACGGAAAUGCAGUUAUUUAUUGGAGACUCUCCCAUACCUCAAAAUUACAGCGUGUCUGCCAGCGACGACGUCAAGAUCGAAGUGGGGCUCUACAGACAGAAGAGCGGCCUCAAGGUGGUCCUGACGGAGUGCUGGGCCACCCCCUCCAGCAACGCCAGGGACCCGGUCACCUUCGGAUUCAUCAACAACAGCUGCCCUGUUCCCAACACGUACACCAGCGUCAUCGAGAACGGCAACUCCAACAGGGCCCAGUUCAAGCUGAAAAUCUUUUCCUUCAUCAACAACUCCAUCGUCUACCUGCACUGCAAGCUGCGCAUCUGCAUGGAGUCCCCGGGGGCCACCUGCAAAAUAGAUUGCAGUGAUUUUCGACUCCUGAAAAGCAGUGACAGCUCUGCCACACACCAGACAUCCUGGGGACCCCUCUUCCGGUCCGAAGGGGAGUCUCCGGGUGCAGAGCCAGGCCUGGGCGCCGGCUACGUCGUCCUCAUUGCGGUGGCCGUCCUCAUCCUGGUGGCAGUGGCAGCCGCCCUUCUGAUCGUGCGCUACCAGAGAAUGAAUGGAAAAUACAGCUUCAGAAUCAGGUCCAACAACUUCAGCUACCGAGUGUUCUCCGAAUGAGAGUGCCGGCCGGCUCGGAGGUCGCCGUGAGUCGAGCUCGGUUCUCAGUCCAUCAAGCCAUGACAGCCGUCUGCCCUACCUGCGUGCUGCCUGAGCCCUGGGGAGGACGACGACAGCCUCACCUGCCCCGGAAGGUCCACCAUCCUGGAGGUCCGGCCAGGUGGAUGAGGGGGCCGUCGGAGGUGUGGGGCGCCUGGGCUCCAGACACGCAUCCUCAGACCUGGCACACGUGUGGUUCUGCCGCCAGCCCCACCCAGACCUCCCACACCUGCCACGUGACCCAGCCCCAGGCCUACGCUCUGUUGGCUUCCGUCACCCGACGCACCUGCUGGCAAACACAUCACGUUUCACAUUUUCAGAGUCACGGACAGUGCUCUUGAAGCUCUUUUAAAAAUAGGUCAGCCUUAUAAACACAUUGCUGAUGGUAUCUUUAGUAGAUACAUAUAUUAUGCUCCUUAAC